GUUAUCCAAUUAAGUUAUAUUUCAGGGGACCUAGAGAAUGUGGGGUCUGUUUUAAAGGUGGCUGCCUUUAAUAGGCCUAAAGUGCAGGGGGAAAUCCUGGUUUGUGUUCAUAGUAUGGCCCUUGGAGGGCUUUUAAGGCUCUUGGAGGAAUUUGAAGUGCCCCCACCCCUGCAUUAGGAGAUGGCUGCCCCAAUCAAUUUGACAAUGAUGGUUACACCAUUUCAAUGCUAUUUCAUUUUAUUGAUUUAGGUAAAUAUAUGUAUAUAAGAUGUAGGCCUACCUGUAGAGUAAAACAAAGGAUUGUUUCAGUGUACAGUCUAGUCCAGUCCAUUUACCAAUAUGUCAUUCAUUUCUGGAGAAGAAAUGCAUUUAUUUUAAUGUAUGUCAUGUUUCCAGCUACAUUCAGGCUAUUGAAGUCUGCAGAAAUGCCACCUUCUCUACAGUGUUACCUAUUUUAAGAGAACACCGUGCUGCUACUCUCCUGCCUGGGCAUUUCAUCCUGCACAAAGGCUUAUUGUUGAUCCUGAUCCACACUCCUCUGGGAGGCAGCUUUGUUCACACUGGUGUUUCUCCGCUGCUAUGGAUACGACCUUUGGACCCAAGGCAACAGCGGAGCGCAUCAGUCUGGAACGCCCAUAUAGCUUCCGGUUCCAGAGGACCAAGGGCUUGAAAAAAAAGAAAACGGGAGGUCCCCCUGGGUGCUGGGGUAUGGAGCAGCCCCCUCAACGCAAGAUGAGUGCUGAAGGAGCGGAGGGCAGACCAGCCCCGCCCACGUCACUCCCGCUGCAGGGCGGGGCAGUGCCGGCGACGUCACAGCGUAAGAAGCUGUCGGCGCCGCGCAUCAGCCUGUCAUUGGACCAGAGCGAGGACGACGUCUUUGACACGCCGGAUGAUCUGGACAUCAACGUGGACGAUCUCGACACGCCGGACGAGGCCGACAUCCUGGACUACACUGACCAUGAGAUGGACUGGGACGAGCCCCGUCCGAGCAGUAGGAGUGUGGCCCGUGAGCGUGAGCGGGAGCCCCAGCCCCCUCGCGAGCCGAUCCCCACCACCAGCGCUGAGGAGGAGCAGCAGGACGCUCGACUGUGGAGGACCGUCAUCAUCGGGGAGCAGGAGCACCGCAUCAACAUGAAGAGCAUAGAGCCAUACAAGAAGGUCAUCUCACACGGAGGUUACUAUGGUAACGGUGUGAAUGCCAUCAUCGUGUUUGCCGCCUGCUUCCUGCCCGAUAGCGACCGCGAGGACUAUCACGAAGUCAUGGAGAACCUCUUCCUGUAUGUGAUCAGUACGCUGGAGCUGAUGGUAGCUGAGGACUACAUGAUAGUCUACCUGAACGGAGCCACGCCCCACAGGAGGAUGCCAGGCCUGGGCUGGCUCAAGAGGUGCUACCACAUGAUCGACCGGAGACUGAGGAAGAAUUUGAAAUCCUUUAUCAUCGUUCACCCAUCGUGGUUCAUCAGGACCAUCUUGGCCAUCACAAGGCCAUUUAUCAGCACCAAAUUCAGUAACAAGAUCAAGUAUGUCCACACCUUAGCGGAGCUGGAGGAACUCAUUCCCAUGGAGCACGUGCAGAUACCAGAGAGCAUCAUCAGACUUGACGAGGAGCUAAAGGAAGCAGCCAACAACUCAGCACUCAAUGCCUUCCUCUCAGGAGCUGAGGCAGCCCCAUCCACAGAACCCGAAAGUGAGGUGUCCAGUAUGGGAAGUUCUUAAGGACGGGGGGCCCAAGACCUGAGGCUGAGGCCGGCUCUGACGCGCACUCACACAUACACACACACACACACACACACACACACACACACACACACACACACACACACACACACACACACACACACACACACACACACACACACACACACACACACACACUGCCUUGCCUCGCCUCAUCACGUCGCAUGGAGUACCACGGCCUGGAGGCCUGGAGGGAUGUUCAGGUGUCUAGCCCCAGAUGGUUGCUCAUUGGAGUGGAUGCAAUAAUCACAUUAUAUUAUGCACACACACACACA